GCUUCCGGAAGGCGUGUUACAGGGCGAGACCCGAUUAAAAAGCUCGCUCAAUAUAUCAAGGAAAAUGAUAACAAUCUUGAACCCGAAGAAAUAAAUACGCUAGCAUAUAACUUAGCUAAAACAGCUCCUACCAUAAUAGCCCAAUCAUCGCGUCUUAAAUUGCUCCGAAAAAAAUUACGCAAUCUCGAUGCUAAAUAUCUUACAAUAGAAGCAAUAUAUAUACCCGAUAUUACUCAAAAAUCAAAUAAAGAACAAGCAAUAAAUCAGGAACUCCGUGAAGACGAGGGGGUUGACUGUCCAGAAUUCUUUUAUCUGGAAAAUGUUCAGGAAAGACUUAGUAAGUGCGAUAUAACAAAACCACCCUCUAUGCAAAAUUUAAUUGAUAUAAUGAUAAUGUUAUGUAUGAGACCGGCAGAUGUGGGAAACCUCUGUAUCAAGUAUUAUAAAGCAGAUACUGCUGAAUGGUAUAAUCCUAAAUAUUCUUGGUACUGCACUGGAUAUGCCAAAAAUAAAAAAGACAAACCUAGACCAUUAGUAUCUAUAGAGAAAGAUCCGCUACUAACUAGAGAAUUACUUAUUUGGAUCCAGAAAGCAAUUCCUAACAAAUUUCCAUUUUUAAUAAGAGAUAAAGAUGGUGAUGUAAACAUAUCCGGCUGUGCAACCGUUUUGUGCGACAGAGAUUCGGAAAUAAUUUUUCCCUCGUGA